AUGGAAGAGUUCAAAGAUGCAAGUCCACCUGAAGAGCUGCUCCAUCACUUAAAGCUUUCUGAUGAGAAGUCCUCAGAGACUGACCCCAGAGGUGCCCAGAACCCCCAGAACACUGGGAGUGGACACACACCAUCCUCAGGCAGAGAUCCCUCAGCAGCAGACGAGUGUUUCCAUGACUGUCACGAGUCCUUUGAGGCCAAGGACCCUGUGCUGGAUGAGGAAGAAAACGUACAGGGCGAUGGGAGUAGCUCGAGGAAGCAAACAGAGCCAGAUGAAGAAUACUUACUAGAACUGGAAAAGGAUAUGCCAGAGGAGGAGAAACAGCAAAGAAGAAAGGAGAGCACAACGCUGAAGGAGAAAGGGAAUGAGCAGUUCAAGAAAGAAGACUAUGGAGAGGCAGAGGACUCGUACACAAAGGCCCUGCAGAUCUGCCCAGCCUGCUUCCAGAAGGACAGAGCUGUUCUGUUCUCAAACAGAGCUGCUGCCAAAAUGAAACAGGACAAGACAGAAGCUGCCCUGAGUGACUGCAGCAAAGCUGUGGAAUUAGAUCCUAACUAUAUCAGAGCCUUGCUGAGGAGAGCAGAACUCUAUGAGAAGACAGAUAAACUAGAUGAAGCUCUGGAAGAUUACAAGGCAGUCCUAGAAAAGGACCCAGCCGUGCAUCAAGCCAGAGAAGCUUGCAUGCGAUUACCAAGGCAGAUUGAAGAGAGGAAUGAAAAACUAAAGAAAGAAAUGUUGGGCGCACUGAAGGAUCUUGGGAACAUGGUCCUUCGCCCCUUUGGCCUCUCCACAGAAAACUUUCAGAUCAAACAGGAUUCAUCAACUGGCUCCUACUCCAUCAACUUUGUGCAAACCCCAAACAACAACAGAUAA